UCAUCUAAUUAGUUAUUUACGUAUUUUAUGAAUAUAAAUAUCAAUUCUACAACAAAGUUCCGAUUCCCAUAAAGUUCGUGAAAAUAACUAUGUCAAAAGUGAAGUGUUAUUCAGAGUGCUACCAAAGGCUGUCUUAAAGAAUAAUGGAAGAAGAUGAUACUGACUCCGACCGUACGGUUCUACUGAGGGACUUUAUCAGUAAGCCACAGAAAGUCGAGCUCAAAAGGCGUAGAUUGAGCGAAUUACAAGAAAGAGGCAAGAAACCAGACCAAAGCAAUAAUGAAAAUACCACACCAAGUAAUGUAAGUAAUAACAAACACUUUGAUGUACCAAAGAAUAAUUCUGUUGGUAAGAACUGGCUUCUGACAAGAUAUUUUUCAAGCAUUGGUAAACCUUUUGGUGCUAAAACACUAAAUAAUGCUUCUGAUAUUCAACAAAGUGACAACUUGCGCGAAAAUCUGCCUAAGUACGCACCAGAUUCUCAAGCAUUAAACAAAAAUACACCGAAAUCUGAUAAUGAUAUCAUAUGUCUUGAUUCGGAUGAAGACAUUGAUGAAACACUAAGAAGUGAAAAUCCUCAAAACCAAGAAACAAAUGGCGAGGUUUCAUCACGUGUAACAAAAUUAAAAGUGCUCAAGCCUUCGGCGUUUAAUGCUCGCACAGCUACUACCAUCGUUUUUGAAACUCAAAAAAUGCAAGAAAAUGAACCUGCCAGACUUAAAGUCUUGAAACCUUCUAUGAUUAACGCACGAAGAGCAACGACAAAUUUUGAAGACAAUGUAGAAUAUAAUUCGAGCAAUGGAAAAGAAAACGUAGAAAGAGAACAUGGAAAUGUGUCGAAUAAUGAUAACAAACAAAUUGAUAAAGAUGGUUUGAGAAUAUCUUGUAGAUUGUCUCCAUCAGAAAGUAAUAUCCGUAAUAUUACCAAUAGUCCUAGUUCAGGCACUAAUACCGGUACAUGUGCUACGCAAGGUGAAGAUAAUCGAACAUCUGUAGUAACCGUGGCAAACAACAUGUCAAAUACUGAUACUUCUGAUACUACUAUCGUAGGUAAACUUUUCCAACAAGACGCAGAAAAAAAUACCGUGUCAAACGUAAAAGCAAAUAAGCGAUUCAGUAAUAACGAAACAAAAAUGGAUUCCAAGCGAAUUAAAAUGAAUGUGGAGCCAGAAUGCUUAAUUAAACAACAUGAACAGGUGACCAACAAAAAAUCUCAAGAGAUUGCGGAAAUAAGUGAGUCCCAUGGGGAGCAUGUGUCGCACGAAGAAAUAAUGAAUCUUACAAAUAACCCAGCAAGAUGUAAUGAAAAUACUGUAAAUAAAUCAAUCGUAAACAGCGUACGCGAAGAGAGUAAGCUAAAAGAACAUGUAUUGCCUGGGAUACAAGAUUCUAGAAAAAUAGAAGAUGAGCAUGUAAUAAAUGAAGCACAUAUAAAUGUACAAACUUCAAAUAAGGAACUUGGCAAGCAAGACGCCAGGAACGCAAAAAAUUGUAAUCCACGUGUAGAGCAAGGCAGCAAAAUGCAAGAAAAUCGAGAUGUAAACAAAAUAGAAGAUACACUUAAUACGAGUAAAGAUCGUGUACAUGCAAACGAUAGCGAUGCGGCAAGCAAAGUACAGAAUCAGCAAUAUUCUGAUAUUCACAAAACCAGCACAAUCCAAGAUGUUAUCACUACAAAUGAAAUUCAAGUGAAGCAAAAGUCAACAAAUCAAGUUCAUAAUCCAACCAUAUAA